GUCCACUACUAACAGGCAGUAGAGUUCCAGGUGUAAUCCCGUUUCGUAUCCUACCGAUGGUUUUGAGGAAUUUUACUACAUUCCGACUGGAUUCAAGAUACCACAGAAAAACAAGAACAAGUAAAAUCACAAAAAGAACUAUCAACCUGUUGGAAUUUUCUUCUUAACUCGUAUUUAUCACCUUAUUUAUCAUCUGCGAAAAACCACAAGAUGUACAAUUCAACAUGUCACGAAUAAGGACUAGGUAGAAAAAAUAAAUCAUUGUUUGUUUCCUCGCCCACUGUGAUCUGCUAUCAGUCGGUACGAGUCUCUGGAAUAUUUACAUUGCUGACUAGACAAGAUGAAUCGUUACCAGUUUAUGAAACAGUUAGGCGAUGGGACGUACGGCAGUGUGUUGCUCGGUAAGAGCAACGAAACGGGCGAGAUGGUUGCUAUUAAAAAAAUGAAAAAGAAAUUUUACUCAUGGGACGAGUGUAUGAAUUUACGAGAAGUCAAGUCUCUCAAGAAAUUAAAUCAUGCCAACGUUGUCAAACUCAAGGAAGUUAUACGUGAAAACGACCAUUUAUAUUUUGUUUUUGAGUACAUGAAGGAAAAUCUCUAUCAAAUGAUGAAGGAUAGGGACAGACUGUUUCCCGAAUCAAGUAUCCGUAAUAUUAUGUACCAAGUUUUACAGGGAUUAGCAUUUAUGCACAAACAUGGGUUCUUUCACCGUGAUAUGAAACCUGAAAAUUUACUCUGCUCAGGACCUGAAUUAGUCAAAAUCGCUGAUUUUGGCUUAGCUCGUGAAAUCCGCUCCCGGCCUCCGUAUACAGACUAUGUCUCAACAAGAUGGUAUCGAGCACCAGAAGUGUUGUUACGUUCAACCAAUUACAGUUCACCCAUUGAUAUCUGGGCAUUAGGUGCAAUCAUGGCUGAGCUUUACACAUUAAGGCCAUUGUUUCCUGGCAGCAGUGAAAUAGAUGAAAUAUUCAAAAUAUGUACCAUCAUGGGAACACCAAAAAAGGAGGACUGGGAAGAAGGUUACAGACUUGCAGCUGCUAUGAAUUUCAAAUUUCCACAAUGUGUAACUGUGAAUUUAAAAACUAUUAUUCCAAAUGCCAGCAAUGAAGGACUUACUAUCAUUAAUGAUAUGUUACUGUGGAAUCCACAAAAACGACCAACCGCGGCACAGACGCUAAGAUAUCCCUACUUCCAAGUAGGGCAAAACUUAGGAUCAAGACCCGUACAGAAAACACAGCAACCAUCCAUUCCUGUAUCGUCUCAACUCUCAGAUUAUACCUUAAAAGCACAUCAACCUGUGGUGUCACCCCCACAGCCCCAACCCCCUCCAGUACCUCAAUAUUCAUACCCAAAUAAACAAAAAAUAGACCUCGAUGAUGAUUUUUCAUUUUCCACGAAACCUGUGUUAGCUCGUCACGCUAAACCUGCGGUGGAACCACACCCUCCGUCUAAUCCACAGCAACAGGAGAAUACUUACAAUAAAAAAGACAAUUACCUUAGUGAUAUGUCAAACAACCCGUUGCCGUCAAUCACAUCAACUGUAUCCACAACAACUGUUAAAAAAGAAAACGCGAAUCUUGCGAAGAGUGGGCGACGGCGAUGGGGACAACCGAAAAUUAAGGAUAGUAUGGAUGACUUCAUGGAUGAUUUGGAUUUUAGUAUGGAUGCAAAAAAACCAGCAUUGCCGGCUGUGAAAGAGAGGAAACAGUCAAAAUGGGACGAUGAUGAUGAUAUAUUUGGAUCACCCGCUGCAAAGAAGUCUGGUUUCUCAUUGCUUAAGCAUGGCUAUAGUAAUGCAAGGAUAGACUCUGGUCGUUCAUCUGUCUCAUCAGCAAAACAACAUUAUUUAAGACAAUCUCGAUACCUGCCAGGAAUGAAUUCAAGUAAGAAAGAGACAAAGAAAGAACAAGACUCGUCACACGGUCGCAACACUUAUCCCGGCAUUUAUCAACCGUCUAAACCCAAUCUGGGUGGUAUGUCAUUUUACAGAAAGAAUGAUCUAUUUGGUGGUAUAGGUGGUGGUGGGGGCAUCGGCACUGGUGCUACCUACGGCAGGAGAGCCAUACAACACCCAGGUACAGAUGACAGAUUCAACUCACCAGCUGGUUCAUAUGUUCCAAAGUUUGUAACCAAGAAAGACAACAAGUUACCAGGGCUAUCAGACUAUGGUUGGAAACCUACUGCUAGAGCUGGUGGUGGACUUCUCCCUGCUACUAAAGGAUCACCGGGACUACGAGCACAACCAAUACAUGGAAGAACAGACUGGGCUGCAAAAUAUGGGAGUCGGCGGUAGCCCUAGAAGAUUGUGCCAGAAAUACACAGCUAUUUUGUAUUGUAAACCCUCAUCCUGUCAAUUAAAAUAUACAAAAAGUUUGAAAAACUGGUGUAAAACAUGACAAACUUCUUCACAUAACUGUCAAUAUAGACUAAAAUGUUGUUUCAAGGUGAAUUUUCAUUAAAAGCAUUGAGGGGGCAGGGGCGAAACAAACCUUUAAUUUAUUUCAUUCAAUACUCAGAGCACAUUUAAUACUGCAUUAAUGCUUUACAGAUUUUGGCAGUGAUCAAAAUUAAAAGAAAAAAAGAAAAAAAAAUGUAUCGCUGUUAUACACUUGUACAAUGUGCAAUCACAAAAUCUUAAUAAAGUACCAUCCAGAAUAGAAAAGCAUUUAAUAUUUUCUACUAUGGAGAUAUUUAUACCUCACGCAAGGCUGCUGUAAGAUUAUUCCUUCCAAUGUCAAUUGUAUGGACCAAAUGUAUUGAUUUUUAAUUUUUUUGUUUUUAUAUUUUGAUUUUAAUUUGCAAUGUUGGUUUAUGUGUGCGGCUGCUUCUCUGUAUGCACAGUACAAGAGUGCUUGAAGACAGUGUGUAAAUAAGUGACUCCUCUUUGAGUACGUCCGGUUAUACGUCAUCAUAAUCCAUCAUUGUGCUAGACUAAUAUGUCUGAAAUUUCAUAGCGAUUUAUCCCAUCCACUUCAUGAUAGGAUUGUUUUAUUUUCUAAAGUUGUCCAUUGUAGCCAGAAUUUGAGGGGGAGGGAGGCUAAUCAACUAUUGGUGCUUUCACCUUCCUCGGUGUAUGACAGCAUAUUUUUAUAAUGAAAAACUUGAUAUCAUACUCUUUUUCAAAAUGCUUGAUUGCAACAGCUCUGACUUGUAGAAGAUAAGAGCUCAGUUUUGAAUCUGAUGUAUUCUUGUAGUAGUUUUCUCAUUGAUACAUUCAACGUUAUCCUCUGUUAAUAUCGACAGGCUUGCAUCAAUCAUUUUUUUAUCACUGUUUCAAACACAAUUGAUUGGACUUUGCAGCUUUGUGUGCUUUAUUCCACCAUCAUGAGAAUUACACAACAUGCAAUUAUUUUUUAGAAACAAAACCAAAGUAAUCCUUCAUACAGAAUAGUUGCCAAAGUAAUAAUUUUUCUAUAUUUUUGUCAGGUUUGUUUUUAUUUAUACAAAAUGAUGCCAUAGAUACAUAAUGUUACUAUGGAAACAGAACCUGUACAGUUUUGUAUAUACCAAUAGAAAUAAAUAAUCAUGUCUUUUAU